CACCUGAGAGAGCUGGAUCUGAGCUACAAUCACCCAGGACAAUCAUUAGUCAAGCUGCUCUCUGAUCCAAACUACAGACUAGGCAAACUCAAUGUGGAUCAUGCAGGAGACAUCAGGAUUAGAACAGCACCAAAGAAAUAUACAUGUGAUCUCACACUGGAUUUAAACACAGUAAACACUCACCUAACUCUGUCUGAGAGGAACAGAAAGGUGACGCUUGGAACAGAGAAGCAGCCGUAUCCUGAUCAUCCAGACAGAUUUGAUGAGUGUCAUCAGGUUCUGUGUAGAGAGAGUCUGACUGGAUGCUGUUACUGGGAGAUUGAAUGGAGUGGGAAGGAAGGGGUUAAUAUAUCAGUGACAUAUAAAGGAAUCAGCAGGAAAGGAAGGAGUAAUGACUGUUGGUUUGGAUACAAUAAAAAGUCCUGGAGUUUGAUCUGCAUUAAAAACAGUUUCACUGCUAAAUACAAUAAUAAGAUCACAGUCAUAUCUGCCCCUUCACAUCACUCUAACAGAGUAGGAGUGUAUCUGGACUGUUCAGCCGGUCGUCUGUCCUUCUACAGCAUCUCUGACACACACACACUCACACCCUUACACACAUUCAACACCACAUUCAUUGAACCCCUCUAUGCUGGAUUUGGGCUUUAUUCUAGUAGUUCAGUGUCUCUAUGUGAAAUUAAACCGCUUCCUGUGAGAAACAACUGAGAUACACUUUUUCAUGUCAAAUUCCAAUGUGGAAGGCUGAUAUCUGUCAGGGACACGUAAUAUGGAAUGGCUACAGUGGCCCGAACCAUUGCCCCUUUUUGUCCACAUGGACUGACGUGCCUGUCUAAAGCAAUAGUUUAAUUUUAAUUUUAAAUAUUAAAUUUUUUUAAGCUUAGCAGAAGAUCAAUAUUAGUUUGAAGUAUGAAUCUGGGGAAGGAAAAGCAUCUUAAGUGGAUUUAAUGUGUACAUUGUCUCCAGUGUCAUGUGGCGAAGUAAAUACUUUCCAUUUCUCAUUCAAUACAAAUAUAUGAACCAUGCAUUAACUGAAACUAUUUUGAAUCAUCACUAUAAUUAACAAAUUAAUGAGCUAAAUACAUGAAGCAAGUUGUAAACUUUUUAAUCUGUGAUUAAGUGUGGUUUGUCUAUUACAGCAUAUAUCUGGAGUAAUCUGUG